AUGUCGCCUCCCGUCGCUACCGAUGCCGCAUUCUCGCACGCCUCCAACGGCGUCGUGUCGUCCACCGCCGUCGACCCUACCGGCACUGUACUCGUGAUUGGUUCCAUGGCGUCGGCGCAGAGCGGAUCGUACCAGAAGGUCAUCGAAGCCUACUCGGGUCGUCAGGUGGAGAUGCACAUGGUGGAUCGUCUCACGGACGGUGCGACUGCGCUCGCUCCCGGCACCUAUCCUCUCGCCCACCUCGUCGUAUCGUACGCGGAUGCAGCCUCGCCCGUGCUCCUCUCCAGCCUCCAUGCGGCACUGCAGCCCUCGGCCAAGAUCGUGGUUGAGGCAGGCGAGCUCACCGAUGCAACGACCGCGCAGAAGGUCAAUGCCGAGCUCACCAUCGCCGGCUUCACCGACAUCCACACCGACAGUGCCACGGGCGUGGUUUCGGCCACCAAGCCCUCGGGUGCUGCUGCGUCCUUUUCGAUCGGAUCGUCGUCGAGCGCGUCGUCUUCAGCACUCCCCCUGCGCAAGAAGCUGGGCGCAUCGUCGGCCGCAGCCAAGAAGUCGCUGUGGGCCACGCAGCCUGCGUCGGCGGAGCUGAUCGACCAGUCGACGCUGCUGCGCGACGGCGACUUUGUCGCCACCACGGCGGUGAAGCGUCCGGACUGCGACGUGGGCCCGGGGCAGAGCAAGAAGAAGAAGGCGUGCAAGGGAUGCACGUGCGGCCUGCGCGAGCUGCAGGAGGAGGAGGAGCGAAACGCCAACGUGGUGCAGCUCGACACAGAGGACAUGGACAUGCCCAACGCAGCGCCCACGGAGGGCGGAAAGCGAACCGAGGUGACGGAGACUAUCAUUGGCAAGGACGGCAAGCCCAAGACGAUCAAGCGCAUCCAGGUCGACACCAAGGGCGCAACGUCGUCGUGCGGAAGCUGCUUCCUCGGCGAUGCCUUCCGAUGCUCCAGCUGCCCUUACCUCGGUCUGCCCGCCUUCGAGCCCGGUCAGAAGGUCGAGAUCCCCGCAGGCAUGGACGACGACAUCUAG